AUGCAAGAAAGCAUAAGAAGAUUUUAUGAGCAAUUACGGAAUACUGAAUUAUUAUCACCUGGUGGUGUACUGCAUCAUCCUACUGGGUCUACCACUGAACCAAAGAUACCAUUUGGUGAUUUGCUAAAGAAGCCAUUAUCAUUAUCACUCAAAGGGCAGGAUGACCGUUCUAGGAUUCUUCCAAAAGUAAUGACAAGCGAUACUACUGAUCAUUGUGUUUUAUCUGCAUCGUUAAUCACGUCUUUAUUGCUUGAAAAUUGUGACGGUAGUAUGUAUGAUCGAAGGAGGAAACAAUUUUCUACUAAAAUUAAGGUGGAAAGGGGCCAUUUAUUACGAUCCGCGACAGAAAGUGAUUUGGUGAUGCAACGUUUCAAUGAUAUACAUAACGAAGUAAAAAAUUCAACUGCUAAUGAUACUUUAUUUAUGAAGUGUCUUGAAUUCGGUGAUGUUUAUCUACGGGUAUCCACGGCAAAGGUUGCUUUGCUGACAGAUUUUGAAACUUCAUUGUUGAAAGCAGUUAAUGAUGUCGAAAUUCGAUUUCGUUUUCAUCAGUAUACUGAUUUGUUUAAUUUUGUAAGCCAGCUAAGCUUGGGAGAUCGUGUAUUAGUGCAGCUCAAACCCGAAACUGGUGAAAGACGAACCAUUGAAAGAUGUUUCAAGCCAGGUUGGGUAGAAUGGUUUGGCGAACCUGUUCCUAAUAGUGGAUUUCUAUUUGGUAUACGUCUUGAUGUAAGGAUGUUACUUUUUUCAUUUUUAUAUUGGUAUACGGUGUAUGAAAAAUGA